CGACCACAAAAGUGACGUUUCUUCGACUCACACGUGUUUUUCCGCGAUUUUCAGUUUUUAAGUGAAUUUCCUUGUUUAUCUUCAUUGGAAACUCUUCAAAAGAUGUCAACUUCCUUAGCGGAACAGCUGAAGCGGCUGCAGAGGCCGCAAACCUCUCAACUUAUCGACCGGAAAGCUAAGCCUUCGAUUCUGUUUGACCACAAGGAGGCGGCCAACAAGGAUAGGGAGACAAUCUAUGAGAUCGGCUUGAGUGGCCUGGAGGAAUUGAUUGCCCUCAAUGGCGAGUUUCAGUCCUUUGAAACCACCCUAUUCGACCGUUCUGCUCGCGAUCUGGAACGCUCAGUUGAAGACAGCGAAGUCAACAGACUCCUGGAUAAGAACAUUAAGAAGUUCCUGAUGCGCUUGUCGCCCUAUUUUAUGCUACAGAGCAGUCACAAGUGCCUGGAGUGGCUCAUCAGGCGUUUCCAUGUGGAAUCCUUCAAUCAAGACGAAGUGAUGAUGACCAUUCUGCCUUUCUACGAGUCCCGGAUGUUCGCCCGGUGUGUGCAGGUACUGAAUUUACGAGCAUCGGAGAAAAAGUGGGGCUGGUUGCAGAGCUGCAAGAAGUCUGGGAUGCCGCUGUCCAAGCAAACGCUGAUGAAUCACGCCGCCACCGAUCCGUUCCUCCUGCAAUUCAUCGGUAAAAUGGUCACUGAUUCUGUGAAAGAACACGGCAAUCGAUCGCACACCCUGCAGGCGCUCAUGGGUUUCUAUACGACUACAGUAAUUGGCGCUUUAGAGACCGUCCGAGAAGUCAAUGAGAGCCACGUAAUCGCAAUUCUACCGAGUCUGCUCAAAGGUUUCUCAUCCUCCGCCCUCGACUUCACUGCAGCCUCGUACAUGAUCCUGGGACAGUUGCUCAGCAAGACAGCUAUCUCGUCAAACACUCUGGACAAGAUAAUCUCCAGAAUCGUGAUUCCAGCUCCGACCAGUCUUCAAAUGGACGCCACAAUGCUGCUGAUUCUUAUAUACCAGACGCAGCAGAAGCACUUUAGCCAGAUUUCAGAAGAGAGCCUAAAAAGCGUGAUUCAAGCCAGGUGGAUUCCCGAGUACUUAGGCCAGCUUGUGUCCCAGGGAGUGAGAAUUGAUCGAUUUGUCUUCCCUGUUCUGGCAUUGGCGCUCCGAAAAGUGCAGCAGCAGAGCGAUAAUCUACUCCCCUGCAAGAGUUUCUGCGAAAAUCUCCUUUUAAACGUUAGAUUCAGUGACGAGGAAGCUGAACUUGUCAUCAGAUGCGCUCUAAACAACUACGUCCUCAGAGAGAAGCGUCCGGACGUGAUUACCAUUGAUUCUGGGGAUGAAAGUGAUAUUGCCCUGAGCGAUAGCAAUAUGGACGUGUCGUCUUGGUACUCUAACUUUCUGAAAAGCCUCGAGAGACAAUAUCCUGAGACAUUUGAUCGUGUGAUUAAGAGAAUCAUGUCAAGCACCGAGGAAAUAUCUGAGAGUAGGAAAACCGCCCUCAAAGCCGUGCUUGGCUUCCUGCUUAAAGUCUCCUUCACAGAUGGAGAAGAGAAUAUUUUCGAGAAUCUCUACCAUCACCAGGCAAAGUUCCGCAUGGAAGCUGUUAAAUAUCUGGUGAAAAAUUUCUCGAAGGUUACAAUCAGUGGUGAGAACGAGGAUCUGUUGAGAGACAGCCUGGGAGGGAGACUCACGGAUGACAACCCAAAAGUCAUUGAGCAGGCUCUUAAGCUUCCCACGGAGGCACUGAUUCAGCUAAUGGGUGAAGAAAUUGUGGUCACGAAGCUUCUCGCUACUCUCAACAAAUCAGCAUCUCUUUUGGCCAACUGGAACAAGGCGAAGCUCGCGUGCCUCCGUCAUUUGACAGAGUACAAGAAGUGGCAGGAAGAUGAUUACCACAGAAUCUUUCUCACCAUAUUUCAGUACCUCUUCCCAAAAAGCAAUGAUACUGUGGAGUUAACGAGGCAGAUUCUAAAGUCACAUUUCGCCAAAUCCAACGUCUUUUUAACAAUGUGUGGCCAGAAGAUCAAUGAAUCCAAAUCAUACACAGCUGAAGACGUCCGAUAUGCAGUGUAUGGAAUGCUGUUAGAGAAAAAAGGUCUUCCGGAGGCACAAAAAUUAAUUCCUCAUAUUCAGACAGACAAUAUGGGUAGUGCUCAAAGAUUUUACACCCUACUCUUGAUAUCCUCAUCAUUAAAGAGUGCUACAGAUUCAGAAAUCUGUUGUGAAUUCCUUGGAAUUCUCAGUAAAUGUCUCCAGACAACUACAGAGAUUGUGUUCAAAGACAUUAAGAAGUCCCAUGAAAUUGUUCAAAAUAACAAACUUCCGCUGAGUUUGAUAUCACAAUGCUUCGAGAGCAUCAUUAACUGUGCGCAUUUCCCCAAAAUCCAAGUGUUUGAGCUAUUGCUGAUGAGAUUCUUCAGUAGUGGUGAGCAGGAAGAGCAUAAGGAAGUGUAUAAGAGACUUUUGAAGGAAUUCUUGAAGAGAAUAUCCUCCACACUUGAGGGAAAACUGGACUUCUUGGCAGAUUUCUUCAUUUGUCACUCUCCAGAGCUUCAGGUUCAGGCAAUCAAACUCACAAAUGCCAUUCUGGAGUCUUCACAACCCGAUGAACUCUCUGACAGUGUGUUGAGGAAAUUCCUAAUCGGUUUGGGACAAGAUAAUUCAAUUGUACGCGACUGCAUCGUGGAAACCUGGGAAAUCAUUCAGACAUUGCCUUCGGAGAGACUAAAACUCUUCUCUACACUGCUGCUGGAGCAAAAGCAAGAGCUACUGAUGGACAGUGAACAGAUUUCUAUGGUGCUAUACAAUAUCCUGGCUCCAAAUCGGGGUGCUCUAAAGAGAAGGAAGUUUAUCGAGAAGAAAUACUUGGCAUCCAUUCGGGAAGCGUGCCUGGAGUUUGCAGCUCAGGAAAGUUGCGAUCAGCAAGAGAUUCAAGGCAGUAUUUUUGUGCUUUUUCAGCACAUCAAUGAUGCAGAAAUCUUGGAGAGACUGGCUCCAGUUGGCACGGCGAUCUUGAAGCAAGCUUCAGACUUCCUCUCUGUCCAGGAGUCCUUGAUCAUUAGACAAAUUGUAAUGCGCUUCAAUCAGGACACCAUCAAAAGUAUACACAGGAAGCCGAAAACGUGGCAAUUUGUGAAGGAAGUGAUGCAAUGCCGAGCUCUCUUAGACAAUCCUGGAGAGUCUCUAACCAGCACUACCGUGGCUUUUGUGGAGAACUUCGACACAGAGAUGUUUGCAGUGAUAAAUGAGGAAUAUCAGGAGAUGUUCUUGCGACUGAUCGUCUCCGUGGCCACAUUUACUGAUUGGCCAGAAGUGCCAACGUGUCUGGGACGUUUCAUUAAGAAGAUUGACUUUGACGCGAAGAUUCUGGAAAGGAUGCUGCAGGAGAUGCAUAAAGCUAAAGUACCUCAGGCUGUAAAAAUCACAGCGUCUCCGGAUGUCUUGAAAACGAAAGAAUGGUUAAUAGGAGUGACACUCCUGGAGUUCAUGCAGUCCAGAAAGAAAGUGAGAAAUAUGAAUGGUCUGCUAAGCGUCCUAUUUGGCAUCCUAAAGCGCUGUGUAGACUUUGAAGAGCAAAGUCCUGUGGAAUACACCAAACAGAUUGUCCUCUCCUCGAUUCUUCUCAGUUGCCAGGACAUCGAGGACAAGCAGAAUAUCAUCUCAGAUAGUGUAUUCAAGAUCGACUUGGUAAUUCAAUGCAUCAGAGCGUCGCACAAUCCUCAAACUCAUCAUCACGCACUGCAGCUCAUUUGCUUCGCUUCUUCAAUAAUUCCUGAACAAGUACUGCACAACAUGAUGGACAUCUUCACUUUCAUGGGCUCUUCAGUGGUGCGCCAGGAUGACGCUUACAGCUUUCAGAUCAUCUCUAACAUAAUUGAGAACGUGAUCCCGAUCCUGGUGAAAAAGAGCGAAGAAAAGUCUAGCGAGGAGUUGGAAUUCUUAGUAGCUCCAGUGCUUAAUGUCUUUGUAGACAUCAUCCUGGACGUUCCUGAGCAUCGCCGAUUGCCGAUGUAUGUAAAACUGAUCGAGACACUGGGGGCAAAUGAGCAUCUGUGGCUUUUCCUGGGCAUUCUUUUCAGCAGCCAUGUGCUGCGUGACUCAAAACCCAAAAAGGAUCCACGCCAAGAUGCUGGCGAGCUUCCGAAGAGGAUCCAAGUUGCUCUGGCCAUCGCCAAUGAAUUCCCUCCGGACGCUGUGUUAGUGACCUGCACAAAGCUCAUUGAGCACGUUCAGAAGAUACUGGUUGAGAGGAAAGAUACUGAAGGGAAAGCAUCAAAUGAAAUCCAGCUGGUGAAUCUCCAAGGAGCGACAGAUAAGCAGCUGAGGCACUUCAAAUACGUUACCAUUCAAUUUGUGAGUAAUCUAACAUGUUCAGCUCAGUUUGUGACUCACGUUGCUAUGAUGAACAGCGAGGACUUCCUCAGGAUGAAGCCAUAUUACCAGAACAUCAUCAUCCGAGCACUUAUGUUCAUCGGAGAAGCUUCCAAAUGUCUCGAUCGCAAUCCCGAUCACCGCAAAUACUGGAAAAUAAUCUUGCAUCAUUGCUACGACACACUGGAUAACUCAAUUCUUCUCUUGUCUCCGGAUAUGUUCCUCGUGGUCAUUAACGGACUCAUUCAGCACAAGAUUCUAACGGUGCGAAGGAAAGUAAUUGAGUUGCUGAUCAACAAGCUCCAGCAGAAGGAUGAAUUUUUCAAAGAUUGCGAUAACAGUCACUUCCUUCAGGUCUUAACACCUCUCAGGGCGAUCAUAGACACCAUCACAGUCAAAGAAGAGCAAGAAUCCUCAACUAGCCAUGAACUGGCGGUAAUCCAACAAGUGUCCUUGAUUGCCGUGAAGAUUCUCUCCAAGAUUCUGGCGGAGAAUCAGCUGGAGACCUUUAAAAGCCUCCUGGCACAGCUGAUAAGCAUCCUGAAGAAGUAUAAAUCCCUACAGCCCAUUAUUCUGGCCUCUAUUGUGCUCUCGAUUGCUGAAAUUUCAGCCAAUUUGAGAGUUCACGCACUGUCUGGACUAUCAAUCUUCAUGCCAAUCUUCCUGCAGAUCCUCAAGGUUCAAUCUCAGGAUAAUGAAUCUGUGGACAUGACCACAGUGAGCAUAAUAACAGCCCUGCAGAAAGUUAUUGACACUCUUCCACUCUUCUUGAGUCCGUAUCUUGAGAAAAUGUUAACUCUCAUCUCCAAGAUCCGCGUAAAAGUGCAAAAAUUCGAACCUCAGGAUGCCAAAACAGCUUCAAUUCUAACUAAAAUCGACACCAUUAGCCACAAGAUCUCUUCCUUCAUACCACUGAGAAUCCUCGUGCCGGCUGUGGAGAGUUCCUACAGUCAACUGAUUGAUGACAACGCAACUGACGCCGUUGUUCCUCUGAUGGGCAUACUUUCUGAAUCCUUUGUCGAUGUUCCCAGCAAAGACAUAGCCUCCAUCCAAGGAGAACUCUCAGAGUUCUUUCUCAGAGCCCUCAAGUUCCGCUCUGCGAAUCCCAAUCUCGAGGAUGUAAACGGAAUCGAGAACAAGAUUAUUCAAGCUCUGGUGGCAUUGAUCCUAAAACUGUCUGAAGGAUCCUUUAAGCCACUUUACUACAAAAUCUACGACUGGGCGAUUCGUGAGGAGGAAAAUCGCGACCGAGUCAUUACAUUCUACAGCUUAUCUCAUCAUAUCGCCAAAACUCUCAAAUCCCUCUUUGUGGUUCUUGCCGUGGAUUUCGUCCAGAAUGCCGCUGAUCUCCUGAACAACUGUAAUUUGGCCAAAGUGACAAUGAACAAGAACCUCUACUUUCCUGAGGACGAGGCAAAAUGCGAAACUCUGGUGGAGAACAUCCUCCAAACCUUUCAGCAGAUCUGCACGUACGACAGCAGGCAGUUUAUGACCACUCACAGAUGUGAAAUUAUACUGCAGCCCAUGAUUGAUCAGUUGGAUAAUCCAGUUCUGCAGAAAGACGACGUUAAGAACCUUCUAUCGUCUACAAUCGCAAGUCUAGGCGCCGCAGGUGCGGAUAAUCUGUGGCAACAGCUGAACUAUGGAGUGCUCAUGAAGACAAGACAUGCCGAUCCCGAUAUUAGACUCUUGGCGCUGAGAACGUGUGUGGAGUUCGCUAGAAAGAUUGGCCAGGACUUUCAGUCUCAGCUUCCUGAGACGAUUCCCUUCCUGUCUGAACUGCUGGAAGAUGAGAAUGCUGAGGUGGAGCGCGGCUGCAAGCAUCUAAUUCACGAGCUAGAGAUAAUUCUUAAUGAUUCACUGCAGAAGUACUUCUGAAUAAAUCGCUCUGACCAGAGAGAAAAUUCCCCUAAA